CUCGUCUUUUCUUGCUGUUGCGCGAUAAGUCAUCAGCAUCCCCACGUCCGUGUGAAGAACACGACCAAAGAUGCACCGAGCACCAAUAGCAAUAUAAUUAAAGCCCUACAGCCAUGAGCAUGACCUCCCGCCAAUUGCAAAGGUACCCCUUGCGCGACGCGGUUGCCCGCGAAGCGCUCUGCCUCGAUGGCAGCGUCCCGCAGUACUACUACCUCCAAGGGAACACCACUUCCCAAAACUCCAAGGUCGUCCUCUACUUCAUGCACGGUGGUUUUUGCGGCCGAACUCUGCAGGAAUGCGUCGAACUGUCCAUGCCCUACUACUCCACAAUCAGCCUGCCCCCGACCGUCGACGGCUACCACUUGCUCUCCCCGUUCGAGUCCGAAAACC